CAGAUUGUAUAAACCUCCACUAGGCGACCACACCCUCUCAACUUCCGCACUGUAACUCUUAACCCUCGCAACUUCUUAGGGCACCAUUACUGCUGCCUUGGUAGAGGGAAUACGUGGCCAUAGCCAUUCCUUUUUACAACUCUCACUCGAUCGCACUCUUCCUCACCAGACAUGUUCAACCGAGACCGAAUGCCAGGUCUUCCUGGAAGCUCUCCGCGACCUCCACAACGCAACGACGGAUACGGACAACCCCCGCAACAGCAACCACCUCAGCGCAGCCCCGACCCCAGAAUGGCAGGCUACGAUAAUCGGCAAGCACCUGGCUAUGGUGCUCCACCGCCUGCUGCUCAGCGUAUGCCUGCAAGAGCGCCCCAGGGAGGUGGCGGUGGAGGACCGGCAAGACAAUUGCGCCCCAUCAAGAGCCCUGGAGGUAAUGCCUAUGCCUUUGGUAACAUUGUUGCGGUAUCUCCUCAAGAUUUCCAACCGAACCCCGACGGCUCCGACAUCUACAUUCUUCUCAACGGAAACUUUGCUCUUUCUGCCCGCCCUACACAAGGAUGCCAACCGGGCGAGAUUGGCCUUACAGACGCACAACGAACAUGGGCCGGCAUAUCACUUGGUCCUCAAGAGGUCGUCAUGGCAGCGCCAUACGAUCACUUUAGCCAAAGCAACGGAAAGUCGUACUUGGGGACAGUGGACGUAGAAGUCGGGUUUGCAGGAAGGAAGGCUACCGAAGUGCCGUAUGAUCAGGACGAGCUUGCAACAUUGUUCAAGAAGAACUUUGAAAACCAAAUUCUGGCUCCUGGCCAACAAUUGCUCAUGGACGUCAAGAACAUACCCCUCAGGAUGUCGAUACGAACUGUACAGCUUGCCGACCUAUCCAUGGAAAAGGAGGAGACGGAUGCCCCCUCCCUCACUGAUCCGCGAGCCCGUGGUAUUCUGACAAGGCACACCCAGGUUGAUUUCUUCAAGGAUGCUCGAUCAGAACUCAAACUCAAGGCAUCGGCGAGGCGAGCAGCAGCAAACUCCAUUAUUCAGCCAGGAUUCAAGUUUGAAGACAUGGGCAUUGGUGGGCUUGACGCCGAGUUCAGUGCCAUCUUCCGGAGAGCCUUCGCUUCGCGCAUCUUUCCUCCAGGCAUCCGGGAGAGACUAGGUAUCGAUCACGUCCGUGGUAUGCUGUUGUAUGGUCCCCCUGGAACUGGUAAGACGUUGAUUGCAAGGCAAAUCGGAAAGAUGCUCAAUGCUCGUGAGCCCAAGGUCAUCAACGGUCCAGAGGUUCUGAACAAAUAUGUCGGAGCGUCUGAAGAGAAUAUCCGAAAAAUGUUCGCAGACGCAGAGAAAGAGCAAAAGGAAAAGGGCGACGAGAGUGGCCUUCACAUCAUCAUCUUCGAUGAGCUCGACGCGGUGUGCAAGCAGAGAGGUUCUGGUGCUGGCGGAGGUACCGGCGUUGGCGACAGUGUCGUCAACCAGCUGCUGUCCAAGCUGGAUGGUGUGGACCAACUGAACAACAUCCUUCUCAUCGGUAUGACGAACCGUAUGGACAUGAUUGACGAGGCCCUUUUGCGUCCUGGUCGUCUUGAGGUGCAUUUGGAGAUCUCGCUGCCUGAUGAGUCGGGUCGCGCCCAGAUUCUGAAGAUCCACACUACCAAGAUGCGAAAGAACAACGUCCUGGAGGCGGACGUCAGUGUUGAAGAGCUUGCAAAAAUGACAAAGAACUUUUCGGGUGCCGAGCUGAACGGUUUGGUCAAGGCAGCAACAUCGUAUGCCUUUGGUCGGCAUCUUCAGGGUGGCACCACAGUCAAGGCAGACGUUGAGAAUAUCAAGGUCAUGCGUCAAGACUUCUUGAAUGCACUGGACGACGUCAAGCCGCUGUUUGGUGUUGCUGAGGAGGAACUCGGCAAACGAUUACGCCACGGCAUCAUUCACUAUUCAUCCUUCAUCGAGGACAUCCUGCAAGAUGGACGUCUGUACAUUAACCAGGUCAGGAAACCAGAGUCAAGCCCACUGUUGUCUGUGGUUUUGCACGGACCGCCUGGCUCCGGAAAGACUGCGCUAGCAUCCAAGAUGGCCAUUGAUUCGGGCUACCCGUUCAUCAAGUUGAUUUCGGCUGAAGACAUGAUCGGUUACAGCGAAAUGCAGAAAGUGCAGCAACUCGAUAAGACAUUCCGAGAUGCGUACAAGAGUCCAUUGAGUGUCAUUGUUAUUGACUCCAUCGAAUUGCUCUUGGACUGGGUGCCUAUUGGUCCUAGAUUCAGCAACACUGUCUUGGCUGCAUUGAAGGUGCUUCUCGGUAAGGAGCCACCAAAGGACCGUCGUUUGCUGAUUUUCGCAACAACCACUGAGCGGUCGGUACUCACUCAACUAGAUCUCUUUGCUCGUUUUGAUGCCGAGAUUGCCGUGCCCAAUGUCAACACGCAAGCCGAACUCGCAAACGUCUUGCGGGAAUCUGGCGCCUUUUCGGAUUCCGAUCAGCAGCGGGCAAUCAGUGAGAUUGAGGAAAUUACCGGAAGCAGAGAGGUCGGGGUCGGCAUCAAGAAGAUCCUCACGGGUAUCGAGACGGCGAAACAGGACCAGGAUGUCCCAGGCCGUUUCGCACGGGUCAUGUCGCGUGCAAUUGCAACCAACAGGGGAUCGUAGUGUAAUCACGACUUGCAUGGAGGGUUGAAUAACACGUGCGGGAUGCAUCAAGCUCAUCCGUCACACGUAUCAUUGGGAAGCCAUGCAUAAGCAUCGAAAUCUGUGCUGAUACUAGUAACAAGCUAUAGAUUAUGCUGUAGAUCUAGUAAAAUAGACCAUUGUCGUCCUAGAUUCCAAU